AUGGUAAGGCGCAUACAGCGGUGGAAUGAUGGAAAGUAUUGAAAUGCUGAUAUCCGAGUCGACUAGGGUUGCUGCACUUCCACACCCAAUAACGCAAACAAUGCGGAAGCCGCGCGCAUCCCGUCGAACGGGAACCGCCCGGCCAACCUCUCCUCCUUCUCCCCGUCCUCCUUCUCUCCGAAUGCGACCGGCGACCAUCAUCAUCCCCAAUCCGAGAUCCCCAACCAACACAUCCGCCCGCCCUCCCCUCUAGCCAAGAGCCCCAAGGACUGGUCCACCGUGCAACCCCCCUGGACGCGCUCCCACCUCGAGCAGCAGCGCGAGAUCUUCUUCGAAACGCGCGUCCAGGGCAACGAGGAAGUCUGGGGCGCCAUUCGUCUCAUCGCAGAGAGUCUGAGGCGCGGCGAUCUGCAGGAAGCACAGGGAAUCAUCGACGCCGCGCGCCUGACGAUCCCCAGCGGGAAGAUCGCAAAGGGCAGGAGUACCAAGACCCGCGGCGCGGAUGGACACCGGAUCCGCGGAGGCAUCUUCGACGAGAGCGGGAGGAAGUACGAAGUGCCCGACUGGGUGCUCACGGAUCCGGCGGACAUCAUCGAAGAUGGCGGCGGUGUCGGGGACGCAGGGGAGAAGGAGAUCGGAGAGGACGAGGAAGAAGAAGACGGCACGAGUGACACGGCCUCCUCUCGUCCCGGAUCGCGAAUGCAAUCCGCGAAGAAGCCGCAAAAGGGCAAAGGCAAAAUGGAAGAUCUCGGAGACCAGAUCACCCUGCGGGUGCGGUUGAGCGAUCAGGGCACCGACACGCUGCUCUCCGUGGGCACGAAGCAACCCGUCCGGGCCGUCCUGGACCAGUUACGCGAGAAAGCGGGCGCGACAAAGGUCAAGCUGGUGUACAUGGGCCGGCAAUUGGAAGUGGAAAAGACGCUGGAAGGACAAGGGUGGACGGAGGGCAGGACGGUGCAGGCCUUCGUUCUGAGUCGAGAUUGA